UUCCUUCCUUUUUACCCAAAUUUAUUGAUUGACGGACGUUGUGUCCUUCCGCCGCUUCGUUUUCGAAACCCAUCUCCUUCUCUUGAAAUCGAUCGUGCUUUUACCGUUUUGUCCUUCUUCGUCCCGUUAGAUCUGUUCGGAUUCUCUCUUCCAUGCAUUUCGUAUUUCUUUAAUUGUUCCUUCUUCAGAUCUUUAUUUGCAGGCUUGAACACAAAUCUCUGCAAAUAUUCAAAACCUUUUGCUUGAUACGACUUUAUCGCCGUUUUUUACUUUCUUGAGGAUUGUAAGAGGAAGCAGAAAUUGUUGUUAGGUUUUGAGGGAUUUAGGGCUUUGAAGCGGUUUUUGCUGAGAUUUGGAGGUUGUGGAUAUGUUGGGGGCUGGACUGCAGUUUGCGCGUUGUCGCGGGGAGGAUCGGUUUCGUAAUACGGCCAAGGCGCGUAGGUCUCACCAGAGCCGGCAGAAUUAUCAACUACGGAGAGCACAGAGCGACGUCGCUGUUAGGCAAUCGCCUUCGAUGAAGGAAAAAUCGGCUGCUGAUUUGGUUAGAGAGCCUGAGAACCGGACUAUGUCCGAGGAGUUAUCGAAACCGGUGGCCUUGCCAGCAUCGGAACCGAUGGCGUCACCUUUGAGUAACUUGGAACGGUUCCUUGAGUCGAUCACUCCGUCGGUGCCUGCUCAGUAUCUGUCUAAGACUACGAUGAGGGGUUGGAGGACUUGCGAUGUGGAAUUUCAGCCUUAUUUUGUUCUUGGUGAUUUAUGGGAAUCUUUUAUAGAGUGGAGUGCUUAUGGCGCAGGGGUGCCUCUAAUUCUGAAUGAUAGUGAUUGCGUUGUUCAGUACUAUGUGCCUUACCUGUCCGGGAUUCAAAUAUACCGGGACUCAUCAAAGUCAUUGCCAAAGACAAGGCGGCCAGGUGAGGACAGUGAUAGUGAUUUCAGGGAUUCAAGUAGUGAUGGUAGUAGUGAUUGUGAACCAGAAAGGGGAUGCUCAAGGGAGCUACGGAAUAAUCAUCAUGUGACAAGCAACAUUCCUCUCACUAUGGAUAGGUUGUCUUUGAGAGAUCAGCACGCUGGUCUUCAAGAUGGUUUUUCCAGUGACGAGGGUGAAUCAGUGAACUCUCACAGUACCCUUCUUUUUGAGUACCUUGAGCAGGACCCACCUUACAGCCGAGAGCCUUUAGCCGACAAGAUAUCGGAUCUUUCCAGUCGGUUCCCUGAGCUGAAGACACUGAGAAGUUGUGACUUGCUUUCUUCUAGCUGGAUUUCUGUGGCCUGGUAUCCUAUUUACAGAAUACCGACAGGACCAACUCUUAAAGAUUUGGAUGCUUGCUUUUUGACCUACCAUUCUCUUUGUACUCCAGUGGGAGGUGUACAAAGUGUACAGGAGUCUGUAAAGAUGGAUUGCAGUAAGAUGGAUGGUGUGCCUAAUAUCACCUUGCCUGUUUUUGGCCUUGCUUCAUACAGAUUCAAGGGGGCCUUGUGGACGCCUAAUGGUGGGUGUGAGCGUCCACUGGCAAGCUCCCUCUUGCAGGCCGCUGACAGUUGGUUAAGACUGCGUCGGGUUGAUCACCCUGAUUUCCUCUUCUUCUCCCGCAGGUGAUUUCAGUUAUGUCCGGCUCUUGAACUCCAAUUAUUAUCAGGUCACUUGUUGGUCCCUGCCUGGUCAACCUGUGAGUUAGAAACUCCCAAAUUUUGUUGAGAGAGCCAGAUAUCAUUUGAGCUGGGAGAGAUUCUCUGCCUCUGUACUCUUGUAAGCUUUCAUAGGAACUGCAAUAAGUAAUAGUGAAUAGAGAAUAUAUAAAUAUAGACGGGAAAACCUGCCAAGGUAUUCUGCGAGGUUAAGAGAUGGUCUGCGCACCUAUCGUAGUGGGCGAGUUUUUUUUUUGUUUUUCUAUAUUUAUUCCAAGUAUGUGUAACACAAAUCCAGGCACUUUUUUCCUGUCCUGAUGAUAGGUACUAAGAUGUAAUGUUUUGUUCAACUUUUUUUAGGGGAUUUCGAUUGGGAACUUGUACAGUAUCUGUUAAGUUUGAGCUGCCCCAGAUAUGUAUCUGAACGGUGACUUUCUUUGGCUGGCAUUAUCUGAAUUGCAAUAUUAAUUAAUGGAGCUGAUAAGUUGGUAUAUGGUGGUU